UUCAUUAUCAUCACACAAACACAUCUCUUCGAUACGCUGCGAUUCAUUAAUUGAACUAUGAAUCGAAGGUUAUGGUGUGUGAUUACUGUACUUUCUGUCGUUGCUCUUGUAUUUGUAAUGUCAACGAAUUAUAAGGACUUACUUGUCAGAAAACUAGGGGGAAGGAAAGGCUUACGCCGAAUACGACAAUAUGGGAUCAGAAAUGAGGAUAAACUUAAUCGUGAACUGUAUGACGGUGUGGAAAGUUUUCUAAUGUUCAUCGGCUAUCCUCGCAGUGGCCACACCCUGGUCAGCUCCUUGUUAGACGCUCAUCCUAACGCCUUGGUUGCAAAUGAGUUUGAUGUAAUUGGUGAAUGGCAAAAGUGGACUAAAACCAACAGAAACAAGUAUUACCUAUUUGACCAGCUGUACCUGAACUCUAAAAUGGAAGCUGAUACCGGUUACCGAUCGGCCACGGUCCCACAUCGGUUCAAUUAUUCAGUGCCAGGCCAAUGGCAGGGAACAUUUAAUCAGAAGAUUUUGGUAAUGGGAGCUAAGAAGGGUGGUCAUACAACCAGACGGCUUAUGAAACGAGAGAACCUGAAAGUACUAAAAGAAAUUCACCAAGUUCUCAAACUCCCGAUGAAGUUUCUUCAUGUCAUCCGAAAUCCUUACGACAACAUUGCAACCAUGAUGCUAAGAGAUCUGAAAAAGAGACCGGACGCCGGAGAGAAGAUCAAUGAUACCGAUAAUUUGGAUAAACAAAUAGCAAAAUAUAUGGCUUUGGCGGAAAAAAACAAUCAACUAAAGAAAGUUCUCCCUGGGGAAGUUCAUGAGAUCCACAGUUCAGAGCUGAUCAAAGAACCAAAGAAAAUUCUGCUGGGAAUUUGUCACUUUUUACACCUCACUUGUUAUCAGAAAUAUAUCGAGGAUUGUUCUAAGAGAAUAUAUCCAGAGGCCAGUAAAACGCGUCACAAUGUGAUUUGGACAGAUCAGCAAAAGGAAAUGGUUAGAAAAGAACUGCAAAGAUUUCAAUCCACAAGAGGCUAUGAUUUUGACGAUUGAAUUUUCUUCUAAGGCCUUUACUAGGUAGAAUUAGUGAAAAAUGUGGUUUUAAAUUUUAAGCGAUAGAGAUCAAAAUCUCGUUGUUCUUGUUCUAAUGGACAGUCAACACCAUCUCAUUCCCUUUAAAAGUUUAUCGAAAAAGAGAUCAGGGACCGUUCGCUUCCGUGGGGGUAGGAAGAGGGUUUUGGGGGGGAUAACGUGGUUUGAAAGGGAAACGAAGGAGGAAUUGGUUGUCGUUAACAGAGUUUAAAGGGGGGGGGGAUGGGGCUAUAGAAAAUUGACUGCCAAUUAACUUUCCUAGCAAUAAAUAAUGACUGAUUACUAAUACCAAGAUUUACAUUGGAGUGUUUCAGCAUAAUUGUAAAUAGGACUUAGCUAAGUGUUGGUCCUACGCGUUACUCAUUUGUGUGGCAUUCAUUGUUAUCAGUUUUCUUUACCUAGCUUAACCGUGAAUGUAUUCGGUUUUUCAUGUAUUUUAUGUGUAUUUAUCGAUAAAAGAUUACUUCACAUUUUUAAA